AUACAAUUUCAUAUAAAAUAGACUCCGAAGAGGCGCCCAUUUUUUAAUUAGUCAAAUUAUUUGUCUCACAUUGUUAAAGAGAUUUACACAAUAUGUCGCCACCCACGAUUAAUUUCAUAACCGGCAACGCCAAUAAACUACUAGAAGUCCGCGCCAUCCUAGAGCCUGCUGGUAUCGUUGUCACAAACAAGGCUCUAGACCUACCCGAGAUUCAGGGUACACUUGAGGAUGUUACACGCGAGAAAUGCCGCGCUGCAGCUGCGUUAGUUGGCGGACCUGUACUUGUUGAGGAUACUUGCUUGUGUUUUGAUGCAUUAAAUGGGCUGCCGGGGCCGUAUAUAAAAUGGUUUAUGCAGUCUAUUGGCCACGCAGGUCUGAACAACCUCCUCGCGGCCUAUGAUGACAAGUCAGCUCAGGCCGUUGCCACCUUUGGUUUCUCCAAGGGGCCAGGUGAAGAGGUGCUGCUUUUCCAGGGACGCACACAUGGCAACAUAGUACCUCCGAGAGGACCGACUACUUUUGGCUGGGAUCCGAUAUUCGAGUAUGAUGGCCAAACUUACGCGGAGAUGGACAAGACCGAGAAGAACAAAAUCUCGCAUCGAUUCAAGGCUCUCGAGAAACUCCGGGCAUGGAUCGAAGGCGGUAACUUAAAGCAAUGAACUCGCUCAUAUUCCCAUUACACACUUAGAUCACAAAUACACAGAAAUAAAUGAAAAAAAGUUAUAGAGUAAGCAAUAAGAUCUAAUAUAUAUG